CGCUCACGCUAUCAGUAACCCGAGAUACGAUGAUGUCGAUAAAAUUGAUGCUGUGCCGCGGUCCAGACUUACUUGUGAAGUCGAUCGCAUCACGGACGUUUGGAAGAAGCGAUCAACAUGAAGACUUUGCUCACACUGGUCUGCUGCUUAUCGGCUCUGGCCGUCAGCUCCGGCUUCUCAAUCCACUUUAGACAAGACCCGCAGACGCUCUGCUCCGGCCAGGAGAACUUCCUGCGCAUCGCCAGCAUCGAGGACUGCCGCCAAUACUUCCAGUGCUAUAAUGGCCGCUCCUACUUGAUGGAGUGCCCCAGUGGCACGUGGUUCAAUGAGGAGGACCAGGUAUGCGACGAUUCCAACCCCCCAGAAGGCUGCGAACUUGAGUCUGAAGAAUCUGAAUCAGAAGAAGAACCUGAUGCAGAGGAAUCCCAAGAAGAAGAAACUGAAGAUGAAGAUCCUGAAGAUCAAUCCCCGGAAGAAGAUAACGGUGAUGAUUCUGAGGAAGAUGAUGAUGAACAGGAUGAUGACAACGACGUUGACAGUGAAGAUGCUAUUGUCAAGCUCAUCAAAGCAAGACGUUUGAAAAAACAACAAGAGGACAACGAAGACGCAGAAGAAAGUGAUCCCGAAAGUGAAAAUCAAGAAGGCGACGAAGCUCAAGAAGACAACAAUGAGGAGAAUGACGAUAAUAACGUUGAUGUUAUUAAAAAUCUAAAAAGUGCUAGGAAAGUAAAACAGGAAGAAGUAGAACCCGAAGAUGAAGAAAACGGUGAUGAUGAUAACGCCGAUGAGGGAGCAGACGAUGGUGAAAAUGAUGAUGGAGGUGACGAGGAAAACAAUGACAACGACGAAGAAAGUGAGGGUAAUGAUGCAAAACUUCGUAAAGUGAAACAAGAGGAGAAUGAUGAGGAGCAAGAGAAUGAUGAUGAAGAAGGUCAAGAAAAUGAAGGUGAACAGGAUAAUGAAGAGGAGCAAGAGAAUGAUGGUAAUGAUCAGGGAGAGCAAGAAUCCGUACCAGAACCCAGGAGCAUAAAGAAGCAAUUGAAACAAAAGAACCAGCAAGAGGAAGAUAAUAAUGACGAAGAACCGUCAGAAAGCCAGGUAGAUGAUAAUGAUGGUGGUGAUGACGAUGACAAUGAUGAUGAUAAUGAGGUAAGCUAUGAAGAAAUUAUGCCUCUAGAACAAGACGCAGAGAAGAAAUUGAAACAUUUUUUGAAGAAAUCGAUGAAAGUCGGCUUUUAAGGGGUUGGAGCUGGAGCAUUCAUAAACUUUCCAGAAGGAAUGUUUUCUUGUAAUGCAGUAGGAAAGUAGGAAAAGGUAUGAUAGCAAUAGUUAGGUUAUUUAUUCUAGAUGUUAAGCGCUAUGAUUAGGUUCACUUUGUGCAAUUUUGUAAAUAAUGUGAGUGAGUAAUUAAACAUUUGAGGUGAAUACGAA